AUGGGGCGCGAUUCGGCCUUGUUUAAGCACUUGACUCAGGUGGAUUUCGAGGAAAUCCGACAGAAAGGCACGUCUGCGGCAAAGGAGGUUAUUGACCGGGUAGCCAAAGCCGGUCUGGAGUAUUUUCUCGGCGGUCCUCAUGUUCUAUAUAAGGAGACGGUUGAGGAGUUUUUCAACACCGCAACUAUCUCCGACGAUAAGAUCACCGCAACCCCGGCCCCCGGUUCCAAAGGUGGCCGAAAGAAGAAAGCUGGCAAGAAAGCGGCCCCAACGAAAGAAAAGACCGAGAGCAAAGGAAAAGAGAAAAUAACCUUCUCAGAACCGCCACAGCCAAUGGAGGAGGAAGAGUCAGCCUCCGGCUCUGAAAGAUCCGAAUCCGAAAAGACCGAUGACGAAAGAUCGGGCAAUGAAGAAGAGCAUUCGGGUCGAAGUCCCGAUAAUGCCGGUCCUGACGCAAACCCUGAGACCACCGAAGGUGGUGAAGAAGGCGGUAACGAAAGAGGUAACGAAGAAGAGAAGGAGGACGAAGAGGCAGAAGCCGAUAGGAUAGCGCUCAAACUCCUAAAGGGCACAGAACGGCGAGCCGGUAAGAUUGAAGAAAUAUAUCGGGAAUGGCACGAGCACCGGUUCGGCAAACGGUAUAGGCACAUCCUACCGGGCUACACCGACGAGGAAAGCUUCCAAAGACUGAAGGAAGUGGAGGACGUGGUCAUGGAUCUCACAAAAUCCGAUACCAUUGAAGAGGUCCUAAACCGAACCUACCUCUUAAGACCGCGAGCACAGCUACAGAAGCUAACCGUACGCAUCCGGAAGGUUACGGAAAGGUACGAAGAGGUAGCAUCGGAGGACACCUUAACACCGUUGGUGUUAGAAAGGCUUGAGAAAGCAAGAGGAGACCUUAUUCAAGAAAUUGACCGGCUGGAGGCAAUGUACGGUCAAAGGGAAAUACCGGUCUAUACAGCUCCCCGGAUUGAUACAAGUCCAGAUCACUGUCUAACACUUCCAAGGGCAAAUUCGGCAUCAGAUGAAUCCGAUGAAAGGGCGGACCCUCCUCUCACCGGGCAAUCUCCACUUAUACAACCGGAAGUCUCCGAAUCAGACUUCACAAAAGAAUGGGUUGAGAGCCGUCUUCAAGGGUUUGAAGACUCAACAAAAGAAUGGGUUGAUAGCCGUAUUCAAGAGUUUGAAGACUCCGCGGUUCAGCCAUUGAGGGAGAGAUUUCAGAGAACCGUUGGCUCGACACUCAAGUUCGCCAACACUACAAGGCAUCUUUUGGAUAGAACGGAAGAACGGUUCUCAGAAAUCGACGAAGAUCAACGGGAAGAAGCGGUUCUGCGCAGCAAACAUCUAAAGCGAACCGUUGCUGAGGACCUGGUCGGCACAACACUCAGACGGGUCUCCGAUCUUGAGAAGAAAAAUGAGGGUCUCGAGGCCGAACUCAAAGCGCUCUCCGAACAAGUUACCGAACUGCUGAAUGCUAAGAUAAAUGCGGAUACCGCGGCUAUAGAGGCUGAUGCCCGAGCAACUAAGAAGGUCCAGGAUGCGCUAGACGAUGAAGCAAGAAAAGAAAAGGAGGCACCGCGACCAUCGCACCUUACCGAGGAGGAAGAGGAAGCCGAGCGAAUUCGAAGGGCAGAGGCUAAGUUUCUAGGACUUGCAAAGAAGGCAGCCGCUCAAGCUGCGAAGGAUGUUGCGCGGUUAGAAAGGGAAAGUCAGAGGCUAGAAAGAUUUGCGGCCGACAACAAAAAGAAAAAGGCGGCCUCCUCCUCGUCGAUACCGGCAAAGCGGAAAAGAGAAUCCUCGAAGAAAGCUCAAGUGGCCGACCUGCUGAAUGUGGUAACUGAAACGGGUAUCGAGAGUAUACCGGAUCAGGCCACUCACGUCGAAGAAGAGGCUGAAGUGCACCUACUUCGGCGGCCCACUAAACAACGAGUCACCGAAUCGGCCAGUCAACCGCAACCGGUGAAGAAAAACCGGAACAUAUUUGACUUCUCGGACUCGGACUAG